AUGAGGGAUGGUUUAAACAUAACAUCGCUUCCGAGUCCUAUAGGAAGAUAUAAAAUUAUCAGCAAGCUCGGUUCUGGUAUUUUUGGUGAAGUUUUCAAAGCAACCGACUCUCAGGCGGCUGACAAAGCUGUAGCUGCCAAAAUACAAAUCCACUAUGAAGAUGAUGACAUGCACCUACACGAAGAAUAUAAAAUUUUAAGGGAUUUCACAAACCAUCCCAACGUAAUCGACUUUUAUGGCGUGUUCUGUGAGAAAUCUGAAUCGCUGAGAAAAAUAUGGUUUAUUCUUGAAUUAUGUGAAUAUGGAUCUGUCAUCGAUAUUGUAAGAAAACUGAAAGCGACCGACAGAAAAAUGUCCGAAGAACACAUCGCUUACAUCCUCAAAUAUACGAUCAAGGCUGUAGUUCACCUGCACGAAAACAAAAUUAUACAUAGGAAUAUUAGAUGCAGCAAUAUUUUAAUUACCAAAGACGGUGAAGUAAAGUUGUCUGAUUUUGGACUAUCCUGUAAAUUGAACGAAACUGUAGAGAAAGCUAAAACAAAUAUUGGAUCGCCAAGUUGGAUGGCUCCAGAAGCUGUAGUUAUUAGCGACGAAGGUUAUGAUAACAGAAUUGAUGUCUGGGCUUUAGGUAUAACAACAAUUGAAAUGGUCGACGGUAAAGGACCUUUUGAAGAUAUGCACCCUACUAGAGCUAUGUUCCAAAUUGUAAGAAAUCCUCCACCUGGUUUAGCCAAGCCAGCAAUGUCCUCCAAUGACAUUAAUGAUUUUAUUACAGAGUGUCUUGAGAAGAAUCCAGAACAUCGACCAUAUAUGAUGGAAUUAGUAGAACAUCCAUUUAUCCAAUUAGUACCAGAAAACGACUACCACUUAUCUACAGAGCUAAAAAUGCUAGCAGCAGACCUUAGUAACGCUCCAUUGGCCGAGAAAGUACCUGAAAGAAUAAUUAAAAACGGACUUUUAACUACAGAGGGAGUACGUGAACCAGAAACAAUGCAAGUCGAAGAUCUUGCAGCAUUAGAUAAGUUGACAGAAGACAAUCUGUUAUCGGAACUGUAUACAAAAUUAGCAAAAGGAUCCUUUACUUCUUUUGUUGGAGAUGUCCUAUUAAUUCUGAAUCCUAACAUGCACGCUGAUAUCUACAAUGAAAAUUAUCAUAAAAAAUAUGAAUGUAAGUCGAGAUCAGAUAACGAACCUCAUAUUUUCGCGGUUGCUGACAGUGCCUUUCAAGACGCUCUUCAUCACAACGAACCUCAGCAUAUAGUAUUUUCAGGGGAAAGCAAAUCCGGAAAAACAACAACUAUGAUCCAUGCCCUCUCCCAUUUAACUUACUUAGGCGCGAUGAAAAAUAAUACUGCUGAAAGGGUUCAAAAAGCAAAUGAUGUAAUACAGGCCUGUAUAAGCGCUGCAACGCCAGUAAAUUCAAAUUCUACGAGAGGUAUUUUGCAAGUUCAAGUUACGUAUGGCACUUCUGGAAAAUUAAGUGGAGCUAUAUUCUGGCUUUAUCAACUUGAGAAAUGGCGCAUCUCUUCUACUGACAUGUCUCAUGCUAAUUUUAACCUUCUUUAUUAUUUUUAUGAUGCUAUGGAAGCUGAAAAUAGAUUAACAGAACUAUGUUUAGAGAAAUACAGAAAACAUCGUUAUUUGCGAAUUUUAGAAGAAGCCCCUAGGGGAAUGAAAGGUGUUCGUGAAACGCCAUCAGAGAAUGUAAUGAAAUAUAAAGAAUUCAUUGACAAUUUAAAAAUUCUAGAUUGGGAACAGGAGGACAUAACAUUCUUUGAAACUGUAUUAGCCGCUAUACUUGUACUUGGUAAUGUAAGGUUCAAAGAUAGUAAAAACGGUACCGCCGAAAUUGAAAAUCCCGAAGAAGCAAAAAAGGUUGCGAAACUGUUGUCGUUGGAAGAGGUGAAAUUCCUUUGGGCUUUACUUAAUUAUUGUUUAAUCGAAGGAGGAACGGCUAUAAAAAAACGGCAUUCUACUGAUGAAGCAAGAGAUGCUAGAGACACUUUGGCGAGUGCUUUGUACAAAAGAUUAAUAGACUGGAUGAUUAAUUUAAUAAAUUCAAAGCUGUCUUUUAUGCGAUCUGUAUUCGGAGAUAAAUACUCGGUCAGUUUACUCGACAUGUUUGGUUUCGAAUGUUUUCACAGAAAUCGUUUAGAACAACUCAUUGUAAACACUACCAAUGAACAAAUACAAUUUUUAUACAAUCAAAGACUGUUUGCUUGGGAAAUGCAAGAAGAAGAACAAGAAGGAAUUCCAGUGGUAUCAUUACAUUUUUAUGACAAUAAGAGUUCUGUUGAUCAACUUAUGGCUAGACCAUCAGGAAUUUUCUACAUUUUAGACGAAGCAAGUCGUCAAGGAAGCGGACAAGAAUUCAUAAUGAACGCAAUACAAACUUCUAACAGAGGUCCCUACGUGAAACUUUCUGGAAAUCAUGAAUUUAGUGUAGCACAUUAUACGGGAAAAGUGAACUACGAUGCCAGAGAAAUGGCCGACAAAAACAAAGAUUUUCUUCCACCCGAAAUGAUUGAAACAAUGAGAGCAUCAGUUAAUGCUACCCUUCAACAGUUAUUCAAGAACAAAUUUACAAAAACUGGUAACUUAACCAUAUCAUCAUGUCAGCCAACGCCAUCUGCUAGUAGAUCAAAACCUGAGAAAGAAAUGGAAAACAUUAAGGCGAGAAAAUUCAACACAAUAUCCAAAGGUCAUUACUCACAAAGUCACAAAAUGAGAACUGCAGCGGCGACAUAUAGAGCAACCAGUUUAGAGAUCCUCAAACAACUUUCAAUAGGGCCCGGCAGCGGUGGCACGCACUAUGUUCGAUGUGUGAGGGCGGACUUAACUGACAGCCCUCGAGGGUUUCAAGCUGAAGUAGUACGCCAGCAGCUACGAGCGCUCGCUAUUCUGGACACUGCAAAGGCUCGCCAAAGAGGAUUCUCUUGUCGUAUACCUUUCGCCGAAUUUAUACGAAGAUACCGAUUCCUGGCGUUCGAUUUUGAUGAAAAUGUAGAUGAAACAAAGGACAACUGCAGGCUGCUAUUAAUCCGUCUAAAAAUGGAGGGUUGGGAAUUAGGAAAAACAAAAGUAUUCCUUAAGUAUUACAAUGAAGAAUUUUUAUCCAGAUUGUAUGAAACCCAGGUGAAGAAAAUAAUAAAAGUGCAAUGUAUGAUGCGAGCAUUCUUAGCUAGAAGGAAAACUAGCGAAAAUAAGUCUAAAAUCAAUCACAUUAAAGAACUAAAGAAGCAACAAUCUGCUAACGUGACUGAAGAUGAAGCUGCGUUGCGGAUUCAAAAGGCGUAUCGCGGUUACAUGGUCCGCAAAGCAUAUGGUCCACUCGUAAGUAAGUCAUCAGGAGAGAUUGACGAGGAAACUGCAUCAUUCCUUAAAAGAUACGCAAUGAAAUGGAAGAGUCGGUCAAUAUUCCAGGUUUUACUGCAAUACAGGGCAAUGCGUUAUCAGGAUUUGGUUAAUUUCUCGCAGCAGAUUCACAUAUACAACCAGGCUGUGAUCGAAGCUCUACUUAAUACAAAUGCAUCAGUAGUGUUGGACAAAAUUGACCCCAAUGCAAAGGAAUCAAAUUUCCUCGGUUCCGUUCGGCCUACGGUAUGGAAGUUGCCAUUUAGGAUCGAUCAACUUGAGUUCUAUGAUACUUCUGCAAUGUGCGAUCCUAACGUGAAGAGCACCGAUACAUUCGCGAGCCAAAACGAUUCAGACCACGAGCCGUGGGACGAACCGUUGAAGCGUGGAUAUUCAACACAAACCGAUCCUUACAUGCUGUCGGCGAGCACUCAGACCCUCAUAACCAUGCCCUUCUGCAGAGAUCCCAUGCAGCCAUUACCAAAGCUACCAUCCGAGGACGCGUUCCCCGGCGGACCGUCCAGGGUAGCCCCGGACGCUUUCGUCGGGACAGGCAGUCGACCAGUUGUUUACAAGAAGAAAUCAAAUCAGUCACCCCAAGGUUACUACCAGCCGCCAACGCCCUGGGCCAGUCCACGCGACGAGACUGACAUCUUAGAAAACAGCAGUUCGCCUAUACGUAGGAUGACCUACAGCCGAAGCAUGCAUACGUUCGACAUGGACAUUCAAGAUCCGAUACAGGAACUCCAAGCGCUGGCGAAAUCCGCGAACGAUUUGGACGACGACGACCCGCCAUACAACUUUCAAGCUAUGUUGAAGAAGACACCUAAGAACAGAGCAUCUAUGAAAAGACACAAUGAAUCAAAUAUAUUGGAAAAUAAGCAGGUAGCUCCUAAGUACAUUAUACCUACAGACAGAGCUGUUGGAGGUGUACCCCAUUCUAGGUAUGACAUGUCUUUGAAUACUUCAAAAUAUCCAGCGCCGAAUUACAUGGCCCCGGUUCCCCCGGGUAAAAUGACUCCCGUAGCAGAAAACCGGCCAAUGAAGGAUUUCACAAGAGAAGACUCUAAGGAAUAUUAUACGUCGGACUCGAACAAGGAUGGUUCGGUUACUGAUUUGCGUAAUCAAAGCAACAAAUCCGAUGUGUCGCCUGCAACAGAAAUAGCACCAGGAAUCACAUUUGAAGGAGACGUGGCGGAUUUGUAA